AUGGCAAACAACUCUGAUCUCGGAACGUUAUCCAUCAACUGCAGAAAUAAGAAGUGCGGACACUCGAACGAUCUCCGCAUCAAGAAGAAGCUGAAAGCAACCAGAAUCCGGGAUCCGAUUGCGAAGACAACAACGACACGAGCUGUCCUCAUGAGAAGUCGGAUGGAUCAUCGUGAGAAGUCGCAUGGAUCAAUUGGGUCUAAUAAUAAUUGUUAUCUCUCUUGUUAUAUGUUUAAAUCUGAAUAA